AUGGCGCCUACUUCGGACGCCACGAUGUCCAAACUACUGGAUAAUGCAGUCUCGGUAGCCGCGGCCGGGGAACCGCUGCGGGGUUGGCCGAGGGAGGCCGGGAGGGGCGGCCGGGGGCGCCUCGGGGCGGUGGUCCGCGAAGCGGGGCUGGGCUGCCGGCGAGCCGAGGCCCAGGCCUGCGGUCUCCGGGCGAGGGAGGCGGUAGAGAAGGGCGCCCGGUGCGACCCUCCGCUCCUGCCCAGGGUGGAGGAGUUGCCCCGGCGACCCUGGGCGGGGAGAGUCCGGGCGCCGCGGAGGCCGCCGGGUCCCGCACAGAGUCAAAUGCAGGUUCCAUCUGGGUAUGGAUUGCAUCAUCAAAACUAUAUGGCCCCCUCAGGGCAUUACUCUCAAGGACCUGGAAAAAUGACCUCGUUGCCAUUGGAUACCCAGUGUGAUAAUUACUACUCUGGUCCAUAUGCAGCACCAACACAAAAUGUGGUGACUCCCAGCACAGCAAACCAACCAGGAGCACAGAUGUAUGGCAGAGGUCCUCCUGCCCCUCAUAUGAUGGGGUCCACGCCAGGAUCUCUCCAUGGUGCUGCAUCAUCAGCAUCUCAUUUGCAUACGAGUGCCUCCCAGCCGUAUUCCUCUUUUGUGAAUCACUACAAUAGUCCAUCAAUGUACUCUGUCACAUCUUCUGUUGCUUCUCAGGGAUUUCCCUCUACCUGUGCUCAUUACGCUAUGUCAACUGUUUCUAAUGCUGUGUAUCCUAAUGUUUCAUAUCCUUCUCUGCCUGCUGGUGACCCAUAUGGGCAAAUGUUUACCUCACAGAAUGCUCCAACAGUCAGGCCAGUUAAAGAUUCAUUUUCUGGCCAAAAUACAGCUGUUAGCCAUCCUUCACCACUUCCACCUCCACCUUCCCAGCAGCACCACCAGCAUCAAAGUCUUUCAGGAUACAAUACUCUAUCAUGGUCAGCUCCAGGCCUUCCAACCCAAGACAGUCUCAUCCGAAACCAAAUGGGAUCCCUGCCUAUCGUGAACAACAACACAACAAAUACUGUUGCAGACUCUCUGUCUUGUCCUGUUAUGCAAAAUGUCCAACCCCCCAAGUCCAGCUCAGUGACAUCCACUGUUUUGUCAGGAGCCUCAACAAGAAUGCCUCCUGCCACAAAGCACGCAGCUGAACCUGUGGUUUCAGCUUCACAGCCCUUAGAGCGGAUACAACACCAAGGCAUGCAGUAUGGUGACUAUGUUAAUAAUCAAGCUAGCUCCACACCGACUCCCUUGUCAUCAACUUCCGAUGAUGAGGAAGAGGAGGAGGAUGAGGAAGCAGGAGUUGACAGCUCUUCAACCACAAGCAGUGCUUCGCCCCUGCCCAACAGUUACGAUGCCCUGGAAGGAGGGAGCUAUCCAGAUAUGCAUUCUUCUUCAGCAAGCAGCCCAGCUCCCGAUCGUGCCCUGGAACCUAAUCCUGCCCCAGCCCAAGCUCUGUCUCCAGCUCCCACUCCCACUGCUCCUCAGCCAGCAAAAGUGGCAAAGCCUUUUGGCUAUGGCUACCCAACUCUUCAGCCUGGUUACCAGAAUGUGGCAGCACCGCUGAACUCGGGAGCACAUCCCAGUGGCCUGUCGUACUCUGGAUUUCAGCAGUAUCCUCAACAUUAUCCAGGUGUGAACCAGCUGUCCUCUAGUUUGGGAGGAUUAAGUCUACAGAGUUCUCCACAACCAGAAAGCCUAAGACCUGUAAACCUCACUCAGGAGAGGAAUAUUUUACCUACGACUCCUGUUUGGGCUCCUGUUCCUAACUUGAAUUUAGAACUCAACAAGUUAAACUGUAGCCCAGAUUCCUUUCGAUGUACUUUGACAAAUAUUCCACAGACACAGGCUUUAUUGAAUAAAGCUAAGCUUCCUUUAGGAUUAUUGUUACAUCCCUUCAGAGACCUAACGCAACUGCCAGUGAUAACAUCAAAUACCAUUGUGAGGUGCCGAUCCUGUCGAACAUAUAUCAACCCUUUUGUGUCCUUCAUUGAUCAACGUAGAUGGAAAUGCAACUUGUGCUAUAGAGUUAAUGAUGUUCCUGAAGAAUUUAUGUAUAACCCCCUAACACGAUCUUAUGGAGAGCCUCAUAAACGGCCAGAAGUUCAGAAUUCAACUGUCGAGUUCAUUGCUUCUUCAGAUUACAUGCUGCGCCCUCCUCAGCCAGCAGUCUACUUGUUUGUUUUGGAUGUGUCUCAUAAUGCAGUGGAAGCCGGAUAUUUGACGAUUUUAUGCCAGUCAUUAUUAGAAAACUUAGACAAGCUUCCUGGAGAUUCACGAACAAGAAUAGGAUUCAUGACUUUCGACAGCACUAUUCAUUUCUACAACUUACAAGAAGGAUUAUCACAGCCUCAGAUGUUGAUUGUAUCCGAUAUCGAUGAUGUUUUUCUGCCUACGCCGGAUAGUUUACUUGUGAAUCUGUAUGAAAGUAAAGAGCUUAUAAAAGACUUAUUGAAUGCAUUACCAAACAUGUUCACCAAUACGAGAGAGACACACAGUGCCCUUGGUCCUGCACUUCAGGCUGCCUUUAAACUAAUGUCUCCAACAGGUGGCCGCGUGUCUGUAUUUCAGACACAGUUGCCUUCCUUGGGUUCAGGACUCCUGCAGUCCAGAGAAGAUCCUAAUCAGAGGUCAAGUAUCAAGGUGGUACAGCAUCUUGGCCCUGCAACUGAUUUUUAUAAGAAACUUGCUUUAGAUUGCUCAGGACAGCAAACUGCAGUGGAUUUGUUCCUUCUAAGUUCACAGUAUUCCGAUCUUGCUUCUCUGGCUUGCAUGUCCAAGUUUUCUGCAGGGUGCAUCUUCUACUACCCUUCCUUCCACUCCACUCACAGCCCUUCCCAGGCAGAAAAGCUACAAAAAGACCUGAGACGGUACCUCACCAGAAAAAUUGGAUUUGAAGCUGUAAUGCGAAUAAGAUGUACUAAAGGUCUUUCAAUGCACACUUUUCAUGGAAACUUCUUUGUUCGUUCCACUGACUUGCUGUCUCUUGCCAACAUCAAUCCUGAUGCUGGAUUUGCAGUACAGUUGUCGAUUGAAGAAAGCUUGACAGAUACUUCCUUAGUGUGCUUUCAAACAGCAUUGUUAUACACGUCAAGCAAAGGUGAGCGGAGAAUUAGAGUGCAUACACUGUGCUUGCCAGUGGUAAGUUCACUCACAGAUGUCUAUGCAGGAGUGGACGUACAAGCUGCCAUCUGCCUUCUGGCAAACAUGGCUGUGGAUCGAUCAGUUUCAUCCAGUCUAUCAGAUGCAAGAGAUGCCCUAGUGAAUGCUGUUGUGGAUUCAUUGUCUGCUUAUGGCUCUACCAUCUCAAAUGUGCAGCACUCUGCACUGAUAGCCCCAAGCUCUCUCAAGUUGUUCCCUCUUUAUGUCUUGGCACUUCUCAAACAGAAAGCAUUUAGAACUGGUACAAGCACACGCCUGGAUGAUCGUGUGUAUGCCAUGUGCCAGAUAAAGACUCAGCCGCUUGUCCAUCUGAUGAAAAUGAUUCACCCCAAUUUAUACAGGAUAGACAGAUUGACGGAUGAGGGUGCCAUACACGUUAAUGACAGGGUAGUACCUCAGCCGUCUCUUCAAAAAUUGUCUGCAGAGAAGUUGACCAGAGAAGGUGCUUUCCUUAUGGACUGUGGCUCUGUUUUCUACAUUUGGAUUGGAAAAGGCUGUGACAAUAACUUCAUAGAAAAUGUACUUGGAUAUCCGAAUUUUGCAGCAAUACCACAGAAAAUGACACAUCUUCCAGAGCUAGACACACUUUCAUCAGAAAGAACUAGGUCCUUUAUAACUUGGCUUCGAGACGGCAGACCAUUAAGCCCAGUCCUUCAUGUGGUAAAAGAUGAGAGUCCUGCCAAAACAGAAUUUUUUCAGCAUUUCAUUGAAGACCGGACAGAAGCUGCUUUCUCUUACUAUGAAUUUUUGCUUCAUGUUCAGCAACAGAUUUGUAAGUGAAGUAGAACACAAUGAACUGGGGAUAAAAGGACCCAUAGCCUAGGUAAAGCAUAACCCAUCAGAGAAGCACAUGGGAAAUUUGAAACGAAGGCAGUUGGUUGUUACAAGACCCAAUGCACAACGCUCUGGGGUUUGGGCAGAAGAUAAAGGGGAAGAAGGAGCAUCACAGGUUCUCUUCAGCCCGCGUCCACAUCCGUGGUUGCCACGACACCAUGCUCUUUCACCGCGUAUAUCGAAUUGGUUUCUUCACAUUCACAGUAGUGCAGCAGUCCAGUGCUCUUCGUCGCAAGCUGGCAAAUUUAGGUAGCUGUGUAGAAUGACAAGUCAUGAUGUACAAUUAAAGUUUUUUUCUUAUAAUUAAUAUAACAUUUCUGGACUUGAACUCUGAUCUGACGGGAUGCCAAAGGGCAGUGGUACCAUGUUACUUGUUUGUAUGAAUUACUUUUUAACAAGGAAUGAUUCAUAUUCAUUAAAUGAAUUCAGCAUUCUCCUUCUAAAGGCAAUAGAGUUUCAAUACAUGAACUCUAGGAAAAACACAUACAUAAUGUACAUAAGUGUUACAUUUGUAAA